CGUUCAGCGCAUAUACCAGAUAAUUAAAUAUAAAUUGAAAUUUCGUUUCGGAUAAAAACAACAAAAUUAAAUAUAGAAAUUUUUAUUUAACUUAUCUAAUUGCAUUAAAAUACAAAUUAAAAACUGAAAAUAUUAUAUAAAAAAAGAAGAAGAAUUAGAACAAAAUAUUUGUGAAAAUAAAACCAAAAAUCUAUUUAUAAAUUAGAUUUUUUUUUUGUUCAUCUCUAAACAGUUUAUUGGAAAAAAAUAUUGUUAAAAAUAUUCCAAAAAUAUAAAAGAAAAAACAAAUAUCGAAAAUGCAGGCCGAAGCGCUGCAAAUUGUUUCAACAUCAACAUCGGACCAUACAUUCAUAUUAGAUGAAGAAAAAUUAACAGAAGUUCUAUUGCAAGAUAAAAUAAAAGAUCGUUUUGUAUGUAUUGUAUCAGUAGCUGGUGCAUUCCGUAAAGGAAAAAGUUUUCUAUUAGAUUUUUUCCUAAGAUAUAUGUACUCAAAGUACGUUUCACAUGACACUAAAGAUUGGCUUGGCGAUGAUGAAGAACCAUUAACCGGUUUCUCAUGGCGUGGUGGUUCUGAACGUGAUACAACGGGUAUACUUAUGUGGUCAGAUGUAUUUACUUAUGAUUAUCCAAAUGGUGAUAAAAUUGCCAUUUUAUUAUUAGAUACUCAAGGUGCAUUUGAUAGUCAAAGUACCGUUAAAGAUUGUGCAACUGUUUUUGCACUAAGCACAAUGUUAUCAUCAGUACAAAUAUAUAAUCUGUCACAGAAUAUACAAGAAGAUGAUUUGCAACAUUUGCACUUAUUUACUGAAUAUGGUCGAUUAGCUUUAGCCGAUUCUGGUAAAAAACCAUUUCAACGUUUACAAUUUCUUGUUCGAGAUUGGAGUUUUCCAUAUGAAGCAGAAUAUGGUGUUCAAGGUGGUGAAAAAAUUUUAAGAAGACGACUAGAAUUAUCUGAUAAUCAACAUCCUGAAUUACAAUCAUUAAGACGUCAUAUAACAUCAUGUUUUACGGAGGUAGCAUGUUUUUUAAUGCCACAUCCAGGUUUAGUUGUAGCAACAAAUCCCAAUUUUGAUGGCCGUUUAAAAGACAUAACACCAGAAUUCAAACAAAGCUUAAAAGAACUAGUACCUAUGUUAUUAGCACCAGAUAAUUUAAUAUAUAAAGAAAUUAAUGGACAAAAGGUUAAGGCUAGGGAUUUAAUACAAUAUUUUAUUUCAUAUAUGACUAUUUAUAAAGGCGAUGAACUGCCAGAACCAAAAAGUAUGUUAGUAGCGACAGCUGAAGCAAACAAUUUAACAGCAGUUGCUUCAGCUAAAGAACUUUAUUUGCAAUUAAUGGAAGAAGUAUGUGGUGGAAAUCGUCCAUAUUUAAAUCCUGGUCAUUUAGAAGCCGAACAUUUAAGGAUAAAAGACAAAUCCGUAUUUCAUUUCGCAUCAAAACGUAAAAUGGGAGGCGAUGAGUUUUCGGAAAAAUAUCGAGAAACAUUAGAAAAUGAUUUAGAAGAAUCAUUUCAAACAUUUAAAACGCAUAACGAAAGUAAAAAUAUAUUUAAAGCAGCUAGAACACCGGCCGUUUAUUUUUCUAUUGCAAUUGUCAUGUAUAUAUUAAGUGGUAUAUUUGGGCUCUUUGGAUUAUAUACCUUUGCUAAUUUCUGUAAUUUGAUUAUGGGUGUAGCAUUAUUAACAUUAGCGCUAUGGUGUUAUAUUAGGUAUAGCGGAGAGAUGACUGAAUUUGGAAUAAAAUUAGACGACAUUGCUGAAAUUAUAUGGGAAAAUUUUAUGAAACCGAUAUACGAAGGUUGUAUGGAAAAAGGUAUACAACAUGUAGCGACGCAUGCCGCAGAAGCAGCAAUUGGUGCCAACUCAUCAUUAUCAAGACAGACAUCGAUGAACGGAAAAGUCAAAAAAUCAUGAGAAUACGCUAAAUUCUCAUUCUUCAAAACAUCAAGUCAACCAGUAAAUGAAACAAGUCAUGAGCAUAAAAAUUCAAAGAAAAUACAGCAGCCGCAAUUGCAGUCAAAUAUAAAUAAUAGCAAUAAAAUAAAUAAUAUAUUAACUAACAAUCAAAAUAAUAAUUGUUAUAAUUUAAAUAAUAAUUUUAAUAAUUGUAGUAAUAAUAUUCCAAAACCAGAAUCAUCUCAAUGGAAUCUUUUUAAGUUUUUCAAUGUGAGAAAUUUGCCAAUUUUUAAUAAUAAUAGGAAUUUAAAUGAGAAUAGUAUUGCUACCGCCGGUAUCCUUAAAAAUUCUAAUAAUUAUAAUAAUAGCAAUGGAACAGAUUUUGUAAAAAUGUCUAAUUAUAAUAAAAAAGAUGAUAUUACAUUGCUGACCUCAACAACAGCAAAUAUUGGUAAACGAAAAAAAUCUAAGAAACCUGUGCCUAAAAUUUAAGCGAAUUCCGUUUUCAUUUAAAAUUUUUAUUUUAUAUACUUAAUAAAACUAAAUUUUGAAAAAAUAUUUUAUCGCUAAUCUGAACUACAAAAAACUAUAUUGUAAGCGAAAAUUCAUCUUAAAAUGUGGAAAAAAUUUGAAUUUAAAAAAUGUACCUCCUUUUAUUUAAUUUUCUAAGUUAAAUAACAUUAAUUAAAUCAAGAUCAUUGAUUUAAGAACUUUGAAUUUUGUAUAUUAAAAUUAAAUUUUAGCAAUGAAUAAUAAAUCUCAACAAAAAACAAAAGAUAAAUAAAAUUAUAUUGUACUGUUGUUAAGAUACAUAUUUUUUUUUUCAUAAAAUAAAAGAUAUUUAAAUUUUAUAAACUAUCUCCUCCUUUUUGUUCAAUUUAAGAACAAAAUUUCGCAAACAAUUUAAAAUUUAUAAAAGUUCAGAACUUUUAUAAAGGGCUUUGUAAUAUACAUAUGUGUUUGAUUGAAAUUAUUAAUAUUAGAAUAAUAAUAAAGUCAAAAUUUAUAAAUUUUGUAAAAAAAAAUUUAUAAAUGCAUACGUAUUUAAUUUAAAAUGGGAAAAAGAUAGAUAAAGGGUGAUAAAAUGUUAUAUUUAUGUAUUAUUGCAUAUCUUUCUCCUUAAAUAACGAAAAUGAAAUUAAAAUAUCAUAUUCUAAUUAAAAUGAAUAUGUUUAUUAUAUAUAUAUUUUUUUUAAAUAUUUUGUUGAUUGUUAAUUAUCCUCAUAAUUAUUGUAACUUAUGUUAUGUGUAAAUGUUUUUCAAAAUUUUCUAUUUAAUAGUUUUCUUUUUAUAUGAAUUAAUUUUUAAUUAUAAAAUAAAAAAUUCUGUGGCCGCUUUUGUGAAAUAUACAAUUAUGUUUUCUAUUGGA